AUACAGAUUAAAAGACACGUAAAUAUCCAAUUAAAUCAGCAUGCAUUGGAAUUGGUUAUCAAUUUUAUCACGGCUUCCGCACACUGUCGCUUAUAAAAGCAUUGUUCAGAGAACGCGUGAAAAUGAGAAAUGAUUCUGUAAGGGCGACAAUGAGCAAUUCCCAACAGUUUUCCAUUAAAACUAGAGGAGCUUUUCAAAUUGUUAUAACGACAAUAAAAAUACAGGAGAAAAUUUCUCAUAUCGCACAAAAAUCAAUGUUACUUUGAGAUACAUUAAAAUAUACAAUUACAAGUUUGAAAGCAAUAAUAUCAAAGUUAGGCUUCAGCGAACAUAGGUCUAAUGACAUCCAUUUACGAUCUCGUAAAUGUUAAAACUUUUUUAAAGUAACAAAUGUAAACAUACCCGGAUAUAUAUUACAUACUAGAGUGAUCGCCUUAAUACAUACUACAUCGGAUUCAUUAUGUGAAAAUACACUCUCCAGUGUGACACACAAUAGAAGGAUAAAAUGACAUGGAAAACAUGUAUUGGAAAGGAAGUUUUACAUUUACUGUGAUUUUAAUUCUUCAAUCGGUGAGCGCCCAGUACAGAGAUAUAAACCGGGUGAUUACCAGAUUACAGAAUGGAUACAGGAAAGAGGUAUUGCCGACGAGAACGUCGGGAUCGUAUGUAGCAGUCAAAGUCUACCCGGCGAUAGUACGGAUAGAAGAUCUUGAUCCGUACAAAGAGGAGUUGUCUUCUACUAUCAGUCUAUCUUUGCACUGGACUGAUGAGAGACUGGCAUGGGAUCCAAGAGAUUACGGCGGUGUCACAGAGAUACAUGUUCCAGCGUCUACAAUUUGGCUUCCGGAUAUUUCCGUAUAUAACACCAUAUCACCACCAGAAACAUUUCAGGACCAGAUGGUUGAGGUAUCAAGUUUAGGACAAAUAUUGUACGUGAGAAACGUGCAUGCGCGAUCCUUCUGUCACAUGGAUUUAACGUGGUUUCCACGUGACCAACACACGUGUGAGAUAAUCUUCAGUUCUUGGAUUUAUCCUAGCCAGAAAGUGAUGAUGGAGUUUAUGCACGUGAACACGAGCAGGACAGAUGUUCCUGUCCUUGCUGACACAGACCCCAACAUAAUUAACCUAGACGGGAACAAAUGGCAGCUGAGAGGACGGAAGGCGAGCGCAGAAAUAAACCUGUUUACUUAUUCUUGUUGUUUAGAAGAAUCAUAUGUCCAGCUAAAUAUUGCACUGACAGUGAAGAGAAACGUCUCAUUUCUAACAGAUAUGUUUAUAUUUCCGAUGCUCGUGAUUUCCGUGCUGGUGCCGUUUCAGUUUUUGCUGCCAAGUAAAACUUCACAAAGACCUGCGUUUGGUCUACUGUUGGUGUUUGGAGAAAUCCUGCCACUCAUUGCACUGUGCCUUUAUGUUCCAGCAUAUUCUAACUUUCCUUUUAUUGGAAUUAUAAACCUUUUCUGCAUUAUUUCUGCCACAUGUGCUCUGGUAAUUUCUACAGUCACAACAAGCAUUGGUAGUAUAGACAAUAGGCCAGUACCUGCCUGUCUAAAGAAGUUUCUCAGAAAAGUUGCACCAGCAAGGUGCCCGGCUAGCAGAAGUGAGAAAAAAUAUACCAUCAACAAUUUAAGCGAAAUAGAACAUGACAAUCUUCUACAUGAAAAUCAUUACAUUGAAAUGGACGCCAUGGGCUCCUCUAAUGAACCUAACGGAUCGAUAAAUGGACCCAACGGAUUAUCAAAUCAACCAAACGGUAUAACAAAUGAAGUGAACAACCCUGAAAUGACACAAAUUACCCAAAGUGCUGACAGGGAAAAUAUAAAAUCAACUUUAUCAAAUAUCUUAAAUGAGUUCAAACAUAUUCAUUCUUUGAGUAAUCAUAUUUUAGCAGGAAAGGAAAAACAGGACUGGCUUACUUUUUCAACUUUCCUGGAUAAAGUGUCCUUCCUGGUGUUUUUGGUGCUCUUUGUUGUACAAAUACUUGUUUUGUGCCUAAGUCUGUGAGAGUUAUAAUAAUAUUAUUUUUCAUUUCAUAAUCAUAUAUAUAAGAUUUAGUCAAACAUAUAGUGUUUACUGUAUCUAUUUUUAACACAUAGAUGAAACACGCUUUCCUAUAGAUAAACUGUUUGACAAUAAUAUUGCUAGCCUGAAAAUGGAACUAUUUCAGUAGCUUGAACCCUUGUCAUGCUGGACACGAUUUAUUCUGCCUUCACGACCAGUGUAGAUCAUGAUCAGCCUGCACAUCCUUUUAACAGGUAAUGGUAUUGUCCAACUUGAAAGAUGGACAAGUUCAUUAUAGAAAUUUAGCAGGGUAAGGUUAAACAACAUUGAGAUGCUUUGACAUUUGUAGUCUCAGGUUCAAUACCUUUAAUGAUCAAAACAUUAGAUUAUAACAGAUAUGAAACUACACGAACUAAAUGGUUUUAGAGGGCAUUCCCUUUCCUGUUUUUAAAUUAAGAUAUCACACCAUUUGUACCUUAUACAUAGCAGCGUUUCUACUAUUUAUUAUGUCUUUUUGUCACCAUAAAUUUAAAACAAACAAAUUUAACUUGUAUAGUUUAGAGUGUUAUGUAUGUAUACAAUUUACCUGUGUAACAAGUUUAUAAUUUAUAUCAAAUGUAAAAAUAAAAAAACAUAUAUGCCAA